GCAUUCAUUACAGAAGUAGGAGUAAGGAGAGAAAGAAUACAAUUACUAGAAGGGAAUAGACAUUUAAAUAUUAUUUUAUAGAUUAAGGUUAGUGAUUUUUUUUUUCUAUUUGUGCUUUUGAACUUCAUCCAAGAUCGAUCUGUGUGGUUGAGUGGCCAUAAAACCCCCAAUCACUAGUGUAUGCGGCUCUCAGAGAGGAGGGACAGUUUGGCGAUUGUGUGUAUUUUUAGCUCCACAACACAGGAGAGGCGGGAAGCAGGUUGUUUUGAAUGAAUUGAUGCCACGGAGCACAGCAGAGGACGUCAGCAUCAGCAGCACUACCAGCUGGGAGAAGUGCACACACACACACACACACAGGCACCACAGAGACGAGCACAACACGGCAAAUAGCAGACCUGCAGCUAACAUGCUGGGCAAGCCAGGACAAUCGAGCUCCCACGCCCCUUACAAGAGGCGGCCAGAGUGUGGGACGACUCGCAGCCAUAAUCUGAGGAGCACGUCGUUUCGGCAUCCUGUGACUGGACAGAUUUCACCUGAAAACAUAGAAUACACCUUACAAGACAGGAUAGAGUCCCGCAUGUCCAAGCUAACGGCCAAUCAGAGGUCACCCAGCAUGGUCGCAGAGUCCUCCAGGGCCGUGACCCCAGCUGCAGUGGAUGUUGCCUCAGGAUCAAAGACCUCUAGAGGAAGCGGGAAGGUGCACAGCUUUGGCAAGAGGGAUCACGCUAUUAAAAGAAACCUCAACAUCCCAGUGGUAGUAAGGGGCUGGCUCUACAAACAGGACAGCUCUGGAAUGCGGCUGUGGAAACGGAAGUGGUUUGUUUUGUCAGACUACUGCUUGUUUUACUACAAAGACAGCCGAGAGGAAACGGUGCUGGGAAGCAUCCCUCUGCCCAGUUAUGUCAUUGCACCAGUGGAGCCAGAGGACCACAUAAACCGCAAAUAUGCUUUCAAGGCAACCCACACUGGAAUGCGCUCCUACAUUUACAAUAAGAACUCUGUGAUUGGCUCACAGGCGGAACACUGCGGGAUGCGGACAUAUUUCUUCAGCGCGGACACACAGGAGGACAUGAAUGGUUGGAUCCGGGCCAUGAACCAGGCUGCGCUAAUGCAGCAGAGUCACACUAUAAAGAGAGAAUUGGAGAAGUCUGGUCAGCAAGCAGUCCCUCAGACCAAUCAUGUCCACAAUACUCAGAUCUCAUCCAAGUCAGACGGCACUCACAGGACAGACAGAGGAGAAGCUCAGGAUAAUGGGAUCAGACUGGCUCACGGGGAUGAGGGGAGGUAUGGUCUGGAGAUCCAGGGAAAACCUAGCCAUGCAGGCCCACAGGAAAGAAUAGAGAGACUUUCACCAGACUCUGUCAGUGGACCCCCCCACAAAAACGGACAGCAGACUGUGAUACAAGUGACUCUACCAACAGAGCAAAAUGGAAGUGUUGUCUUUCAAAGGGGCUUUGUUUCACGGACUGACUCUGGGAAGCAUGUUCAGAGGAAAAAUACUCUGGCUCAAGUGGAGCAGUGGGUCAAAGUUCAUAAAAGCGACCCGACAAAGAGUGUUCCAUCCGUUGACUACAACCUCCCUCGGCGGACUCCUCCUUUAAAGCCCAAAUCCAGCACAACGGAUGCUACUUAUCAGUCGCUACCAAAGUCCCCUCGCCUCCUGUCUGGCAGCAGCUCCCCUCCAACAACAUGCAACCUACCCAGUGACUAUAAGUAUGCCCACGAUCGGCUGAGCCACUUCCGCAUGUCCACCGACGAGCGAAUGGCCACGAAGGAAGGGAUGGUGUGGCAGCUGUACGAGUGGCAGCAGCGGCAGCAGUUUCGUCAUGGCAGCCCCACUGCUCCCAUUUAUACCGGCCCAAAUUUCACAGACUCCUCAUCCUUCAGGGUUACUGUGGAGAUGCCACGCUCCAUCUCUGUCCCCCCGUCUCCGUGUGAAGUGCCACCAUCAGUCCCCUCCACUUUUAAACCUCUGUCCCCACGCAGGCCACACACGCCCUCAGACAGACGCACCGUCCGACCCCUAGACGAGCUGGGACUUGAAGACAGCACAAGAUCCAGCUCCCCUGGCAAUAUAUGUGCUCAUCUCUCUCAGACUUCCCAAAUAGAGAGAAGAUCCGUGCCAGCUAUGGGCUACAUCACACACACCGUCAGUGCUCCCAGUCUGCAUGGCAAAACGCCAGAGGAGUUGACUCUGCUUCUCAUUCAACUGCGGAGGCACCAGGCCAAGAUGGCUGGUGUGCAUAGCCCCUGCAGUGCGUUCGCUCACCUGCAACACCACCAGCACAACGGCCUUCUAGGCCCCAGCAUGCAGGCUGAUGAUACUUACAUACAACUGAAGAAGGACCUGGAGUAUCUAGAUCUGAAGGUCACUGGACAGGAGAGCUUAAAAAAAGGGAGAUCUUCAAGGCCUGUGAAAAUUGCAGAAAGUGACGCGGAUGUCAAACUAAGUCGACUUUGUGAACAGGACAAGAUUCUUCAGGAACUCGAAGCAAGAAUACGUAGUUUGAAGGAGGACAAGGACAAGUUGGAAUCUGUGCUGGAUGUUUCCCACCACCAGAUGGAGGAGUAUCGAGAUCAGCCGGCUCACGCUGAGAAAAUUGCCUAUCAGCAGAAAUUGUUGCAAGAGGAUGUGGUCCACAUCAGGGCUGAAAUAUCUCAAGUGUCCACCGAGAUGGAGAAUGCAUGGAAUGAGUAUACCAGACUGGAGAAAGAUGUGGACUGGCUGAAGUCAGCCCUGCAGGGACAGAUGAACCGCCAUGAUCUUUCCCAGCAGGAGAAAGUGCAGCUCAGAAAAGAACUGUGGAGGAUUGAAGAUGUUAUUGCAGGACUCAGCACCAAUAAAGCUAAUUACAAAGUCACAAUUGCUUCUGUUACCAACCCAGAGAGAAAAUUUGUGCCUUCAGUGCCAGUAUCAUCAGUGCCUUCUGUGUCUGGGAGCCAGACUGCUGUGGAGAUGAGAUUGUCCCAGCAGCAGCCGCAGCAGAGCCCCCACCUCAGCCAUGACCCCACGCUUACCUCCAGUUUCAGCCAACAGCCAUUACAACACUCUACUACCAUCUUCAGUGGCUUCAAAUGGUGUGAAGAAGAUGUGCCUCCCAGACCUCCUCUACCUCAGCUCUACAGUCCAGAGGAGCAUCCUCCCGCAGUGCCACCGUUGCCCCGGGAGACGACAGUCAUCAGACACACCUCUGUGCGUGGCCUCAAGCGACAGUCUGACGAACGCAAAAGGGAUCGAGAGAUCGGCCAGUACACAAAUGGGGACAGUAAAGUGGAACUGCGACCUUUUCUGAGUGACCCGGAGCUCAUUGGAGCCGGAGAUGGCUCCAGUGUCGUAGCAUCUGGCCGUGAUGGAGGUUAUCAGACGUUACCAAGCAGAGGGGCGGCUAGCUCCUCACUGAGGGUGAAUCAGUCUUCGAGCAUCUCCUCAUAUGUGACUAUUCGAAGAUCUACUUCAGCUGCUGGUGUGACGGAGAAACCAAAAAGUGCCUUGGAGCGCCUGUACUCAGGGGACAAGGUGCAGCAUCAGCAGAGGGGGAAGAUGAGUGCCGAUGAGCAGCUAGAGAGGAUGAAGAGGCACCAGAAGGCCCUUGUCCGCCAGCGCAAACGCACUCUGAGUCACGGAGACCGACAUGCAUCUCCAACGUCGCGUGGUUCUUCUUCGUCGCGCCCGCUCUCUGCAGACUUUGGAUCAUGGAAGAGGGAGCAGGAGUUUGACCUGCAGUUACUGGAGAGGGCCGUUCAGGGGGAGGAGGCUCAGGCAGUUAGGAGUGUCCAGGGGGAGGAAAGACCCCCUGAGCACAAAGAGAGACCCCGCUCGCAGUCUGAUGAAUGGCUGACAUUCCACUCCACGGCCACAACCCCUCCCACGCAUGAGGUCGAUCUGGAGCCGCUGGAGUAUGACCUGGACCUAAACAAAGAGCUGUGCAAGCCUCAGAAAGUGUUGAUCCCAGAGCGCUAUGUGGAUUCAGAGCCUGAGGAUCCACUCAGUCCUCAAGAAGUGGAAGAACGUCAUCGGAAGGUGGAGCGUAUCAAAAGCAUUUUGGCAAAGUCAAGCGUGCAAAACAUAACUCCAGCGGUGUCUGUGGAGAAACCCGAGGUGGGACAGGUGGCGCUUGACUCUGCUCUGCAGGAGCAGGAGAGGAUCAUCACCAUGUCCUACGCUCUGGCCUCAGAGGCUUCGCUGAAGAGCAAACUUGUGGCAGUUCCACCACAGGUUAACUUGCCCACCCCUCCUCCCCCGCCCCUUCCUCCUCCGCUGCCUCCUCCUCCUCCGCCUCCUCCUCUUCCUACUGUAUCCGUGGCGCCUCCCUCUCCUCUAAACAACGGGAUUCACUACACUUUUGUCUAACGUGAAAAAACAAAACAAAAACAAACUCAAGCGAUAUCUGGACACUGAGGUGCUACUUCACAAACAGAUGACUGACUUUUCCAAGAAGAGAGGACAUCCUUUUAUUUUGGACACCUUAAAAUGCAGCAAUGGAAAAAAAAACCCACUGGUAAAGUUUUAACCUGAGGCUUCCUCAGGACCCACUCUUCUAGUGUUUCUUGCUGCUGAAAGCAUUUUCUGGAGUCAGGCUGAAGCUACGAGAGCUGAUAUGCUUAUUAACUAUCAAAGUGUAUAAGAUAUGUUAAACUCAUAAAUAAUAAAAAAUAUUUUCUACAAUUUAUUGCACUUUUUCAGUUGUACAUUGUUUCAUCCUCUUCCAACAAUAUUUCUCUCUCUCUCUUUCUUUCUCUCUCUCUCCCUCUGGUCAUUGAAUCCAACCCUUUUUUGACCAGCUGGAGAAUGUUUAAAAGAAAACCUGUCAAAAUGCAUAAUAAAAAUAGUAUUUUUCUGUCAUUAAUAUUCUUACACCAAGCUAUAUGAGAUCUUCUGUGUAUGUACAGUACAUGUAGCACUGCCAGGCUUCCUUAGGCUUAUUUUUGUUUAUGUCAGGAUGAAAACCUUUAACAUAUUUUUUUGUGGGAAGGUUGAAUGACUGAGAUUUAUAAAGAUGUGAAUAUUAAAGAUCUUAACACAG